AUGGCUUCUCUAGGGAGCUCUGCGUCACUAUGGCGGAGCGUUGCGCCUCGCCUGGCCAAAGAUUUCUUCACAUCCCGUCAAUGUAUCCGAAAUCAGGGCUACGUAGCCAAGUCGAUCCGCCAAUUCAGCAUCCCGUCACGUCAGCCCAGCAAGAUCCAAUCGGCUCUUUUGAACGAUCCGAAACGCCAAUUCUUCACUUCUAGCAUCAAGCGAUCAAAUGCAGCACCAGCAGUUGCAGAGACGAUCGAAGAGGGUGCUGCGAAGGCCAAAUCGAGCUUCCCCAAAAUCAGCGACAAGGCCGUUGCCUACUGGCUUUUGGGCAGCGCAGCUAGUGUUUUCGGUAUCGUGGUCUUCGGUGGCUUAACACGUUUGACAGAAUCUGGAUUGAGUAUUACCGAAUGGCGACCUGUUACCGGCUCCCUCCCUCCUAUGAACGCCGCAGACUGGGAGGAUGAGUUCUCAAAGUACCGCGCAUCCCCCGAAUUCCAAUUACUUAACCCCAACAUGACCCUUUCUGAGUUCAAGUCGAUCUACUAUAUGGAAUGGAUUCACCGGCUCUGGGGCCGAUUUGUCGGAAUCUCUCUACUUCGUCGCAAAAAGAAGGUCACCACGCCCAUGGCAUUGCGUCUCUUCGGCAUUGCUGGUCUUAUUGGUUUCCAGGGAUUCCUGGGCUGGUGGAUGGUCAAGUCUGGCUUGAAGGAUGACCUCUUUGCCCCCGGCAGUCACCCUCGAGUGAGCCAGUACCGUUUGACCGCUCACUUGGCUGCUGCAUUCACUUGCUAUGUCGCGAUGUUGUGGAAUGGUCUUGCCAUCUUGCGGUCCCACCGGUUGAUGGCUGAUGCAGCCGCUGGAAUUAAGCAGCUGGAUGCGCUGCGUGACCCGAAGCUGGCCUUCUUCCGCCGCUCAGUCGCUGGUAUCGCUCUCUUGGUCUUCACGACUGUCGUUUCCGGUGGUCUUGUCGCUGGUCUUGAUGCUGGAUUGAUCUACAACGAGUUCCCCUUCAUGGGCAAAGGACUGGCACCUCCCAGUGAGGAGCUGUUUGACGCCCGUUACUCCCGCCACGAGGACCGCUCUGAUCUUUGGUGGCGCAACAUGCUUGAGAACCCUUCUCUUGUCCAACUUGAUCACCGUAUCCUUGCCAUGUCCACCUUCACCGCCAUCUGCGCUUUGAUGGUUUACACUCGCCGCUCGCCCACCAUGAAGCGCUACCUACCGGCCCCUGCCAGAAAGGGUGUCCACGGUGUGUUUGCGUUUGCCUGUUGCCAGGUCGGCCUUGGUAUCAGUACUCUCCUCUACCUUGUCCCCACUCCCCUUGCCUCCGCCCACCAGGCUGGUAGCUUGUUCCUCCUUACUUGGGUCAUGAUCUUGGGUAGCCGAGUCUGGAACCCAUCGCGCACAGCUAAGCUGUUGCAGAUGGCCGUGAAAGCCCGCUCCCAACAGCUUUCUAGCUCUGCUGCCUCUGCUGUGAAGAGAGUCUAA